CUCCACGUCACAACUCUAGAAUCAAGAAACGAAGAGAGUUCAUCAACUAUCAUGCUUAUUCUCACUGGAGGUGACUAUAACUGCACUCAUCCGAUCCACUCUGAAGCCCACCAUCCCUAAACGAGCCUUUAUAUAUAACCUCCCACCUUCCCUCCCUUUUCCGAUCGCCCCAAAUCCAAUCCACAACCUACCCUGGUCCUGGCCCUAAAUCUCUUAUGGCCGUUGUUCGACAGAGAAGGGUUAACCUGACCCUCGAGCUCCCCCUCCCGGACUCCGCCUCCGCCGCCAGCGACUGCCGCCUCCGUUUCCCCCUCCCCCUCCCCCCGGCCGCCGCCUCCACCUCCACCUCCGAGCACCGCCUCUCCGACUUCGAGAAGCUGCAGGUGCUUGGCCACGGCAACGGCGGCACCGUCUACAAGGUCCGCCACCGCCGAACGGCGGCGGCGUACGCCCUGAAGGUCCUCCAUACCGACGCCGACGCCUCCCUCCGCCGCCAGGUCUCCCGCGAGGUCGAGAUCCUCCGGCGCACCGACUCCCCCUUCGUCGUCCGCUGCCACGGUGUCCUUCCCACCCCCUCCGGCGACGUGGCCGUCCUCCUCGAGCAUAUGGACGCCGGCUCCCUCGAUUCCCUCCUCCGCCGCCGCGGGAACCGGCCCUUCCCCGAGCUCGCCCUAGCCGAGAUCUCCCGCCAGGCGCUCCACGGCCUCGCCUACCUCCACUCCCACCAGAUCGUCCACCGCGACCUCAAGCCCUCCAACCUCCUCGUGAACGGCUCCGGCGACAUCAAGAUCGCCGACUUCGGGGUGGGCAAGAUCCUCCGGCGGUCGCUGGACCCGUGCAUGUCCUACGUGGGGACGUGCGCGUAUAUGAGCCCGGAGCGUUUCGAUCCGGAGUCAUACGGGGGGGACUACGACCCCUACGCGGCGGAUGUGUGGAGCCUGGGAUUGGCGGUGCUGGAGCUGUAUCUGGGGCACUUCCCGCUACUUCCGGCGGGGCAGCGGCCGGACUGGGCGGCGCUGAUGUGGGCGAUCUGCUUCGGGGAGCCACCGGCGCCGCCGCCGGAGGGGAAAGCGUCGGAGGAGUUCCGGGGGUUCAUUGGGUGCUGCCUCCAGAAGGAGUCCGGGAAGCGGUGGUCGGUGGCUGAGCUCCUCGGCCACCCCUUCGUCGCUGGCCGGGACCCGGUCCGAGUCGGCCCGGGCGCUCAGGGAACUGCUCGCCGACGGCUGAGUUGUGAACCCGCCUCGCCCGAGGCAGAGUUCUUGGCUUCCAAGCGGCAAAACUUUUUUUAUCUAGUGUACAUAGUUGGCUCCACGUGGAGAGUUGGCUUCCAAGAGGCAAACUUUUUUAUUGGUUUAUUUUAAUUAAUUAAUUAAUUUU